AGGAGCCGAGGCCGAGCGCGGGCCAGGGCGCAUGCGCGGGCCGGCCUCCGCGCCGCCCUGCGUCGCCAGCCACAGCUUCACCAACCUGCUUGCGCGUCAGACGUUCCCUCGAAUAAGUAAAAUCAUGGCUGAGGCAAAGGAAGCUUACAUCUCCAUCCUGGAGAAGAAGUUAGCUGAGCUGACUGGCAUUGAGGUGGAUCAGAUCAAGAAGAAUCAGUUCGCAAAUGCAGCAGAUGAGGCUGUCGCCAUCCGUGAGAUGGCUUCCUAUGUAGAGGGGAUUGUUGUACAGCAGGCUGGUGUUGCUCAGGCUGGUACAGUCAGUCCUCAGAUUGCACAGAUGUUUGCCCAUAUCAAUGCUGAAUUGGGUGAGGAACGAGGUGCUCAUGCUUUGCCGCCUCUCAAGUAUGACUUCAAUGGCCUCGAACCCCACAUCUCCGGCAUGAUCAUGGAGAUCCACCACACAAAGCACCACCAGGGCUACAUUAACAACCUAAUUGCUGCUACAAAGAAGUUGGUGGAGGCAGAGGCAGCCAAUGACGUGAAUGCAAUGAAUGCCCUUCUGCCAGCUAUCAAGUUCAAUGGUGGCGGACACUUGAACCACACCAUCUUCUGGACCAACAUGGCUCCUGAUGCUGGCGGUGAGCCUCAAGGGGCAAUUGCACAAGCCAUUGAUGAUAGCUUUGGAUCAUUCCAGUCCUUUAAGGACAAAUUUUCCGCUGCCAGCGUCGGAGUGAAAGGCUCAGGCUGGGGAUGGCUCGGCUAUUGCCCCAAUAACAACAAGCUUGAGAUCGCCACUUGCCAGAACCAGGAUCCCUUGCAGAUCACUCAUGGGCUGGUUCCAUUGCUCGGCCUUGAUGUCUGGGAGCAUGCUUACUACCUUCAGUACAAGAACCUCCGUGCAGAUUAUGUGAAGGCCUUCUUCAAUGUCAUCAACUGGCCGAAUGUGAACGAGCGUUACGAGAAAGCCUGUAAGGAUGCCGGUCAUUGACUCCUCGGGGCAACCAAAGAACCAAUUCGGUGUCACAAGUCGUUCUCCCACCUGUAACUCAGAAGCUAACUGGCUAUUGUGAUAAUGCACUGUGCUGUCUUCGUGAUGGUUUCAUUAGGUGCCCUCAAAAAAAAAAGAGGAUAAAAAACACAAGAUAUUAUUUUCCAUUUCAAAACCACAGAAGUUGCUUUUUGUUUUUUGGUUGAAAAUACUCUGCAAAGACAUUCUUCACUGUUACUAAAAGGGCAUGGUCUUGUGUAUCAGUAUAUAAGUACAUCUAUGCAUGCUCAUAUCUGGUCAGUGUUUAUAAAGUGUUAAACACGCCCUUUAAGCAUUACAAUAUAAGGGAUUUAUAACCAAAA